CGUCAGAUGCUCACAAUGACCCACCCCAUUUACCUUUUCAAAAGUAAAAGAAGCACCAAGAAAAAAUAUAGGCGAAUAAUAGAGAAUUCUCAAUUCUGUAGUAAGAUAUACGAAUGUCUGUUAUUAGAUCAUCUGCAGCUUCCAACAAACUCCCCAGCUCACGGCCUAUGUGUUGAAGAACAAAUUAGGAAGUGGCUGCUUGAUCAUUGUGGACGGUAGGAGUGUGAACGAUGGCCGCUGCUAGUUCUACUUCUCACAACACUUUGACCAAGAUUAAGUAUGAUGUCAUUAUCAGUUUUAGAGGAGAGGACACUCGUUAUAACUUUACAAGCCAUCUUCAUGAUGCUUUAAAUCGAGCGCAAAUCAGAGCUUUCAUAGAUGAGGAUGAUGUCAUGAAAGGAUAUGAAAUACAACCUACACUUUUGAAAGCAAUUGAAGAAUCAAAGCUUUGUCUAAUUAUUUUCUCGAAAGAUUAUGUUUCUUCAACAUGGUGCUUAGAAGAACUGGUGCACAUUCUCGGAUGCAAAAAGACAAACGAAGUUCUACCUGUUUUUUACAAUGUAGAUCCGACGGAUGAUUGGAAAGAACAACAAAGUUAUGCAUUUGCAUUUACCAAACAUGAAGAACGUUUUAAGGAUAAGAUGGAGAGAGUGCGUACAUGGAGGAAGGCUUUAACGACAGUAGCGAAUCUACACGGUUUGGCUUCAUCGCGGAUCAGGCGUGAGUCCGACCUAGUAAAGGUCAUUGUUGAAGAAAUAGUCAAGAAACUGUUACAUACAUUGCCUAGCCAUGAUUUGAAGGGCCAUGUUGGAAUUCAUAAACAUGUCCAGAAAAUUGGGUCUUUAUGCGUUGGAUCAUCAGAUGUCCGCAUCCUAGGCAUAUGGGGGAUGGGCGGUAUAGGCAAGACAACCCUUGCUCGUGCUUUACUCGGUUGGAUCUCUUCUCAAUUCGAAGCUUGCAGCUUUAUUGAAAAUGUUCGGGGGGAAUCCGAGAAGAAUAGAAUGGCUCAAUUAAGAAAAGAGCUUUUUGAUGACUUGUUAGAGGGCAAGGAUCUAGCAAUAGGAAAUCGCUUUGUAAAGGAUAGGCUCCGUCAUAAAAAGGUGCUUGUCGUUUUUGAUGAUGUGGACGAUCCAGAGCAGUUGGAAAAUUUAGGCAGUGAUUGGUUGGGCCAUGAAAGUAAAAUGAUCAUAACAAGCAGAGAUAAACAAGUUCUUAGGAACAUUGGAGUUGAUGAAACAUACAAGCUUGAGGGACUAAAUGAUGUUGAAGCUCUCCAACUCUUUUCUCAGCAUGCGUUUAAAAGGAACACUCUUACCACAGAAGAAAAACAGUUGUCGAAAAGAGUGAUAAACUUUUCUGGAGGCAAUCCAUUGGCUCUUAAGGUUUUUGGCCGGCACCUUUAUUCCAAAGGCAUAAAAGAAUGUGAAAGUACAUUGGAUAAGCUGCAAGAGUUUCCCGACAAAAAAAUUCAGAAUGCAUUGAGAAUAAGCUAUGAUUCACUACAUAAAACAGAGAAAGAUAUAUUUCUUGACAUUGCAUGUUUCUUUAAAGGGGAAAAACGGGGUUUUUUGGAAGGAAUACUAGAUGCUUGUGGUCGCUUUGCCACUGCGGGAAUUGGAGUGCUCAUUGAUAAGGCUCUAAUAACUAUCUGCAAGGACUCGAACACGGUACAGAUGCUUGAUUUGCUACAAGUGAUGGCUUUUGAGAUUGUUCGCUCACAAUCAAGUGAUCAAGAUCCUAGAAAUGGUAGAAGGGUAUGGCUUGCAGAUGAUAUAUAUUGCAUGUUCAAGUAUAAUAGAGGAAUUGCCGUAAUUGAAGGAAUAUCCCUUGAUACAUCAAAGCUUGAUGAAGAGAUAAUCUUGACGCCUAAAACCUUUUCAAAGAUGCGCAGAUUAAGAUUGCUCAUGAUCAGUGGGAGAAAAGUAUCUCUUCCUCUUGGUCCUCUGCCUUUUCCCGAUUCACUUGUCUAUCUCAAAUGGCAAGCCUACCCUUUGAAAUCGUUGUCAACAAAUUUUACUGCAAAGAAUCUUGUUGCACUCGAUAUGCGGUGUAGUCAACUUAAGCAACUUUGGAACGGUGUUCUGCAUUUAGCUAACUUAAAACAUGUCAAACUUACGGGCUCCAUGCUUCUAACUCAACUUCCAGAUCUGUCACAGGCUCCAAAUCUUGAGAGUAUAGAUCUUAACUUCUGUGAGAAUUUGCUUGAGAUUCCAUCAUCAUUUCAAUAUAUAAAAAAUCUCGAGAAGCUUGAGUUAACAGGAUGCUCAUCUCUUCGCAAGAUUUUAGGGCUUCCAAAAGAUCUAGGCAUGUUGAGAGUGUUCACCCCGUCAUUCGAACGUCAAGACAGUAGGUUAGUUGAUUGUCAAAAUUGCGAAGGCCAUGAAAGUGACUCAACUUGCAGAAGUUUUCAAUAUCGCAACUUUCCCUGUCAUAUACAUAAUCGAAAGAAACCUUCCUUUUUCAUAAGUUCGAAUGACAUUUGUGAAAUUUCUCAUUUUAAAAUUUGUUCAAAGAUGGAAAGCUUUCCAGAAAUCUUGGAGCCUAUCGAGAGUCUAAAAUUCCUUUGGUUAGAGUUUACGCCGAUUAAAGUGCUACCCCAAUCCAUUAAGAAUUUAAUCAAUCUUCAACAUUUGCGCCUAGAUUUUUGUUCAAAUCUAGAGUCUCUUCCUAACAACAUCCAUCAUUUAAGUGCUUUAAGAAAACUUGAAAUUCGUCAUUGCCCAAAACUUAAAUCUUUACCGACACUUCCACUGUCUGUAACUCAUCUCGAUGCAAGCUACUGCAUGUCGUUGAAGAAGGUGUCGAGUUCAAGUACUAAUUUAGUAAAACAAAACUGGGAUGAUCUCUAUUUGAGUGAUUCCUGUGGGGAGCUUUUUGAAUUUUACGGCUGCCAAAUGUUAAAUGCAACUGCACGCAGACUUAUCAUGGAUGAAGCACAUUUUAGAAUUUUGCGUCUUGCAGUUUUACGCGCGAGACAUAAAAUUCUUGACGUCGAGUGUCGGAUUCGUUGGCCAGGAAGUGAAAUUCCGAGGUGGUUCAAUCAUAAGAGUGAGGGAUGUUCAAUAUGUAUCAACUUUCCUAAUCCAACAAAUCAGCAGUAUAAAAGCAACUAUUUGGGUCUCGCCUUUUCCAUUGUUGUUUAUUUCGAUGGGUUUCCAGACAAUCCUUAUGGUGACCGGAGUUGGAAGAUUUGUUGUGAUUCAGUUUACACGUUCCCUAACGGUGUUUCGGUGCCCCGAACAGUAUAUCUGGAGUGCAGUCCUUUUUUUAAAUAUUCUGCUUCGUGUUUCAAUGGAUGUUGUGGUCAAGUUGACUCUAGUUGUGAAGAUGGUUGCAUUAUUGAUCAUGUCACAACUUCCGACCACGUUUGCGUGUUUUUCGAUGAGCACUUAAUUACAAAUGGAUCAGUUGCAAGCCUCACUACGGCCUCCUUUUCCUUCAGCACAUCAAAAACACAUCAAGCUUUGAAGGUUAAGAAAUGCGGGGUCCAUCUCCUGCUUACCGAAGAGGCAGAGAGAUUCGGUUUCGUCGUACCGCAUAGUCGGAACUGGAACUCCAAGUGAAAGGAGAGGAUAUGAGAACAAUCAUAUCAUGAGAGAAACUUUUCAGUUAUCGUUGGUUUUUAUUUUAUUUUAUUUUUUUAUGG